UAAACAACACAACAGAGAUUUUACGCUGAAUUAAAUUAUUGGGAUGUAUCCUUUGAAACUAUUGAUAUGCUAAAGGCAUCUGAAAUGUCAUUGUAUCAGAUGGAAUUAGCAAUUCUGUGUCAUUAUUUAUAUAUUAAAUACAGUAUUCUCUAUAUAAUACAUUAUACAGUUUAAAUGGAGGGGUGAGGGUGGAUGGGGAUACAUACAUUUCUUCCAGUCGUGGUUGUGUGGUUUCUAGCAGAUCUACCCAGGUUUCAUUUCAUGUGGCUGGCGCUGCUUGUGUUUGCCACGGAAGCGGUGUGGCGUGGUGGACCAGCAUUGGUACUUUUGCAUGGCUGGUGGUGCUCUCAAAGUAGGUCAUCUGAUCAGCCACUGCACUGGCACAUUAUAAGCUUAAGGUGCCGUUUAUCCUGCAAUUAACUCGUCUACAUCUGGACCCAAGAGUGACACUCACAUCCACACAACUCCUGCCACAAUCUCCACAUGUGUUUCACCAAGGUGGGCUGGAGAGAAAGGGAGUGUGCAGCUGUGUUGGCACCCCAGAACCCCCCAUACGGCGGGCUAGCAGCCCCCCCUGCGAGAAUGUUCGACACAGUGCCGGGAUACGAAGGCAUGUCACCAGAAGGAAGUGGAGGAGGAUUCCUUCCCCCUCCGGAUGCAGGUUUACCCUACCCUCCUGGAGAGCCUGCCCCUGCUCAAACAGAGUGGAACAUCCCUUCUAUAUCUGAAGAUACUGCCAGAGAUGCUCUGGUCCAGUAUGCCUCCAGUAAAUGCUGUUACAGCACUGAUCCUGCAGAACAGUUAGUGUUCUCAAACCUCGAGGCUCACAACACUUACAGGUAUCGUCUGGAGACCUUUACUGAAUCCAGAUCAACUGAAUGGACUCAUGAGGCGUAUAGCGGUCAGCCUGUGGAUGCAUACACUCAGCCUCCUCCUGCUCCAUGGGUCAUACCAGCCAAGGCACCCACCAUGUUUGAAGAUGCAACACAGGAAAUUAAAAUCCCUAAUACAGCUUCUGUUAAGCCAUGCCACACCUGUACGGGAACGGGUAAGACACCUUGCACCAAAUGCACAGGAUGUGGAAGUAAGCAAUGCUGGGUGUGCAAUGGUUCUGGAGUCCGCGCAGGUGAUGAAAGCUGCCACCAUUGCAAAGGCACUGGCCGCACUAACUGUGAUGACUGUAAAGGCACUGGAUUGAACUCUUGUGACACCUGCGAAGGAAAAGGACAACUGCUGGUCUAUAUUAAACUCAAAAUAAAAUGGAAGAACAAUGUGGACGACUUUGUAGGAGACCAGCAGUCUGGAUUUCCAAUCAGUCGGGUCAGCGCGGUGACUGGAGAAAAGGUUUUUGUUGACACACAGUAUAUGGUGUAUCCCGCUGUAGGUUUUCCAGACCCUGCCAUUAGUCAGGCUGCUGAGAGACUGGUGAGGCAGCACCAUGCCCAGUUUGCUCCUACAUGCCGUAUUCUUCAGCAGCGGCAAACCAUUGAGCUGAUUCCCAUCACCAAAGCAAGCUACAGCUUUCAAGAGAAGCAGUACACUUACUUUGUCUAUGGAGCUGAGCAUAAAGUCUACACAGAGGACUAUCCUGCAAAGUGUUGCUGCUGUACUAUUAUAUGAAUUUAUAUCUAAAAAAAAAAAAAAAAAGUUUAACCAUUCAUAAUGUGAAUGUUUUAAAUUCUACUUCACAGUUCUAAAAGUAUAUAGAAAAAUGUGUGUGAAUUUUAGACGUAAAAAUAUAUGCAUGUUAGACCAUUGAAUACUAGUAGUUAAUUAAGAUAAUUUUAUUAUAAUUUUACAUUACAAUGUAUAAACUCUACUGUUUUUUAAAAAAAAUCUGUCUCAUUUGAUUUAACCUAAGAACUUAAUAUUGUGACAGUUUUAAUAAAU